AUGGCCGCCGAAUACACCCCGUACUUUGACGGAAUGAACAAAGGACAAGGGUUCAACACGUUCACUCAAGAACUAUGUUUGAACAACGCGGUCACCGUCACAUCGGGUCCGACGCCUCCCCCGACACCUUUCAAAAGGAGCUACGAAUCGGUUGAAAUUAACAGUUACGAGGAACUUACUAAGUCUUUACACAUCACUGCUGGUGCUGCAAUCACCGGAUGGGGUCAGUCCGGUAAAGUUGACGUUGAAUAUCUGAACCGCGAAAGUUUCGAAAAAAGCGACAUUACUUUUGAGGUCAAGGUGGACGUCGAGCAUCAGGGAAGGACUACAAAUGAUUAUUCCUUCAAUUGGACCGACCCGCCGAACCCGAAUUCCACUUACGGUGAUCGUUUCAUUUCCGGCUUCGUUGAAGGGGGUCAUUUUUACGCUCUCGUGUCUAUCACGUCUUUCAAUCAAUCACAAAGUCAGACGGUCAAAGAAGCUGCUCAAGUCACCAUGACCAUGUAUGGUGUCAAUGGCGAGAUCUCACAGGAGGUCGAGCGCGCCAUCGAGACGCUCAAGCAGAAUUCGACCAUUCGCAUCUCCAUCAAUGAGACAUCGGGUGGCAAGCGGAGAGAUACACCUGGUGAUGAAGACCUGAAGUCCAUAAAGCAACUCGCCGAUGAGUUCUACAAGAAUGCUGAGCAGCAUCAUUACGUGCGCUGGGCCAUCCUGGAGAAAUAUGUCAAUAUCCCGGACUUCAAGAAUGCUUUCCAGCCUUUUGACUAUUUCGUUGCGAUUCAGAAGAGUUUCUUCUUCCUCGAUGACUUCUCCAAGUACAUGUAUUUCAAAUCUAUGAUCCAGGACGUUCCGGACAACAAGUUCAUCGACGGUCAUCUCCAGAAAGCUGGUUUCGAGAAGAUCAGGACAGACCAAAUUGAUCUCAUCCGCCGGAAGGCAUGUACCACUUACUUCUCCCCUCGGAGUUUCCGUAUAGAUGUCUUGAGGGCAAUCAAGACGUUGUCGUAUGUCGCACAGCGGAUGUCCACAAGCGACGGCAAUUACUCUGACAGUAUCCGCUCGACCCUGCAGACAGGCGCCACGAAGCUUUUCGACGUUAAGGUCUAUGACUUCGACACCGUGGACGGGAGCACCGUCGUCUCGUUUGCGUCUAGCACGUCCGGUAACGGGUUCACCGCGAUGAUCGGCAUGCGUGCGACCGGGAUCCCUGAGAUGAAAGAAGACAGCCACUUCUACGUCUUUGAGAGUAGAGAAAAUCAAGUUUCGCAAGAGCCCGUCCGCGUGGCAGUAUCCGGAUUGUCGAGCAGGAACUAUCUCCGGCUCUCGCAAGAAAGUGUUCCAAGAAGCCCGAUGUUCCACCGCGAAAUCGCUGCCGCUCAGCCGAAAGAUGGUGCAUUGUUCUCCUUCUACGUUGCUGGAGCCUAG